AUUUAUUCCUCCCUUCUUCCUCACGAGACCUUCGUUGCCCCCUUCAGACUUCAGUUUCUCCUCUGAACAAACUCGAAUCGGAAAUUCAUCAAAAUUGCAAGGGAGAAAUUUUUAUUAGAUUAAAACCCGGAAAAUAAGAGGAAACUUUCAGUCCCAUAAAACUUUCCUUAAUUACAAUUUGGAGAUUUUAAUUUUUUUUCCCUGGUGUAUUAGCUCAAAAAAUUUGUUUCUAUUUUAUUUAUUUACUUUUUUUUUUUUAAGAAAAAAAUUUCCACAUUGAAUGGUCAUACGUAGAUUUAGGACUUUUAGAUCCGGAAUUCUUUCUAGCUCGUCGGCUCUCUAAAAUUGACAGAGACAAUUAGAUUUCCAAUUUUUUUUUUUUUUGUAAUUUAAUUUAAUUUAAUUCAUUCUUUUAGUUUUUGAAUUUUGCAAUACCGUGCAUCGUUGGAUGCGAAUAAAAUCGGAGGAUUGGAUUCUUUUGUGAGCUAAUUCAGUCAGGUAUGCCGCACCCUAUAAAGAUAUUAUUAUUGCCUGAAUUUUUUUUGAUCGUUUGGUUUAAUCCGACAUCUGGGGUCCUGUUGAGUCUUUAUGAUAGAAAAUUUGCAUUCUUCUCACAUAUUUUGAUGUUUUUUGCUGUGAAUCUUCGGUUAAUUUGGCAAUGUGGGUUGUUUUCUGCUCAGGUUGUUUGAUUUUUGGAUCUCGGUUGUGUAAGAUUUAAUUGGAAUUUCUCCAGCUGCAACAAGGGUCAUCGGGAUAUAUUUUGUUCAUGCAUUUGGCCUUUAAUGGUAAUAAAGGCGUUGGAUGUGAAGGGCAAAUUUGUAUAGGGUGUUGAAACAAAUUUGAAAGGUUGAAACUUUACAUUUUUGUCUCGUCCUAUGUUUCUGUUGAUUGGUCUGAUUUAAAGGGUAAUAUUAAGAUUUUUACUGGGUGGAGUUUGUAUAUUGUUCGAGUUUUGGUAUUUCGAGGCAAUGUUGCCUAGUUUUAGGCCACAAUUAAGCAGAACUGGCGCGAGAUAGGUUGGGUUUUGGUUCAGGUUUUAGGAAGAGAUUGUGCAGUUUCCUGUACAGAAGCAGGGGACUGCCAAUCGGAAUGGGUUGCAUUUGCUCCAAAGGUGCUUCCACAAAACUGAAGCACCCUAAGGAGAAAGAAUCAAAAAAGGCAUCUUCCAAAAGAUUUAUUGCGUCGUCUAAAAGGGAGGAACUUGUAGUGGAUGUUGACGGUGGUGCAAAUGAUGGAACUGCUCGGCUGAUAACUACCGAGAACAUUGAAAAGAGUGCAGGCUCAACUCCUCCUCUCGAAGAGGGGGAGAAAGCGGCGGUUGUUGUCAAAAAACCGGUUGAGCCUCAUAAGGUUGGAAAUGGUGAGAUUAUAAAUGUAAUGGAUGGCGGACAGCCUCAGAUAUCUAGGUUGUUUAGCGUUCGAGAUGGUGUUGAUGGGGCACAAGCCGUAGCUGGAUGGCCUUCUUGGCUUACAGCAGUGGCAGGGGAAGCUAUAAAAGGCUGGUUACCUCGAAAGGCUGACUCAUUUGAGAAGUUGGAGAAGAUUGGUCAAGGGACAUAUAGCAGUGUCUACAGAGCUCGUGACCUUGAAACAGGAAAAAUUGUUGCAUUGAAGAAGGUGCGGUUUGUCAAUAUGGAUCCAGAAAGUGUUCGAUUUAUGGCUAGGGAAAUUCUUAUUCUGCGAAGACUGGAGCAUCCAAAUAUCAUGAGGCUGGAAGGUUUAGUCACGUCGAGGGUCUCAUGCAAUUUGUACCUUGUGUUUGAGUAUAUGGAGCAUGAUCUAGCUGGUCUUGCUGCAUCACCAAAGAUUAAAUUUACUGAAGCACAGAUUAAGUGCUACAUGCAACAACUUCUUCGAGGACUAGAACACUGCCAUAAUCGCGGGGUUUUACACCGUGACAUCAAAGGUUCAAAUCUUCUAAUUGACAACCAUGGAAACCUGAAGAUUGGUGAUUUUGGUCUGGCCACAUUUUAUCGUGCCAAUCAAAGGCAGCCUUUGACAAGUCGUGUUGUUACUUUAUGGUAUCGGCCUCCUGAGCUUUUGCUUGGCGCUACCGAUUAUGGACCAGCUGUAGAUUUGUGGAGUUCAGGUUGCAUCUUAGCAGAAAUGUUUCACGGAAAACCUAUAAUGCCUGGAAGAACAGAGGUUGAGCAGUUGCACAAAAUAUUUAAACUUUGUGGUUCACCGUCUGAAGAAUAUUGGAAAAAAUCAAAACUUCCUCAUGCUACUAUUUUUAAACCUCAACAUCCAUAUAAGCGUACUGUGGCUGAAACAUUCAAGGAUUUCCCACCUUCAGCUAUGACACUUUUGGACUCCCUUCUUGCUUUUGAGCCUGAGUGCCGAGGAUCUGCAUCUGCUGCACUACAAAGCGAGUUCUUCACAACAAAACCUCUUCCUUGUGAGCCCUCAAGUUUGCCAAAAUAUCCACCAACAAAGGAACUUGAUGCCAAGAUUCGGGAUGAAGAAGCUAGAAGCCGGCAAAAAGCUGCGGGUAGUAAAGGACGUGGACCGGAAUCUUCCAGAAAAGGUUCUAAGGAAUCCAAAGCUGUUCCGGCACCUGAUGCUAAUGCUGAGCUUCCAGCAUCUAUUCAGAAAUGGCAGGCACAGUCCAACCAAAAAAGUAACAGUGAGAAGUUUAAUCCUGGUGAAGAUGGUGGUUCUGGCUUCCCAAUUGAGCCUUCUGGAAGAUCUUUAACUAAAGGUUAUUUCACGAACAAUGGUACAUCCGGCGAAAGUAUGGAUAUGAGUAGGUACGGUGCAGAGUCUAGAGCGCAAAGACAUAUGAAACCACAAGGAGCAGCAUCUCAGCUCUCUAGGUUUUCCAACUCAGUUGCAUCUCGUGGGAGUUCUUACUUUGAUCUUGGUAGAGGAGAAAGUACCCAUUCUCAAUGGACAGAUGAUCGUCAAAGUUCUAAAUAUGACCGCAUAAAUGAUAUUGGUUCUUCACACCAUUUGCUUGGAGGAACAAGCUCAACACAUAAGAAGGAUGAGCCUCGAAAAGAGUCUAAAGGGGCUACAGCUCUAAAGAAGUCAAGGAUUCACUACUCCGGACCAUUGCUUCCCCCUGGUGGAAAUAUCGACGAAAUGCUAAAAGAACAUGAGAGGCAAAUACAGCAUGCAGUUCGCAAAGCUCGUGAAAAGAACAAGACCACAAAAGCCUAUUCAGACAAUGGACAAACAGAAUCACUGUUGCAAUAUGUUGGAAAUGGCAGAUGAAAAGUUGUUCAGAACCGACAACCCACCUUUUGAUAGGAUACAGCAACAUGGUAGAGUGUUUUGGAUUGACAUGGGACUGUUUCAGAGAUUAAGCAAAUCUCACCGGCAUGAUAGAAGCACUGUGAUGGGGGGUUAAUUUAGGGGCUGCAUUAGCUAGCCACCUUCAGAAGGCCCUCCUUGAUGGAAAAGCAGUCAGAUUCCAGUAGCUUUAACAUCCACAGCAAAGUUCCAUGCGUAAAAGCAAUUGUCAAUGCGAAACGAUGGAUGGCCUGGAUGGAGGUGGAUGCCAAGAACAAAUCCACGGUUGUUAGAUGUGGAAGAAACCUUCAUUGAUGAUGUAUGGAUGCUGGGCAGGUGGCAAUCCUCUUGUACAGCAUUUGCUAUAUUCUUUCUUCUAUAAAAAAAAAAAAGUAAUGGCUAAGCCAUUCAUUCAUGCACAUAUUUUGAAUUAAGGAACACAAUCCAGCAAGAGAAGUAUAUACUAUAUAGUUAGAUCAUAGAGCAUUUUUGGGGCGAACUCAAUGAUUGCAGACUGGCAGAACAUUGAAGCAAUCUGCUAAGUUCUCUGCCUAGGAAAAAUAGCAAUAGUGCACGAUACAUAUAUUAGGGAAACUAAGAUGAUGUUUUGUUGUUCGAGAAUAUAUGUUCAAGGAAAAAAGAAGAGGAACUUUAUGAAAUCUUUUUGGAAGUUGAAGGAAUCGCCUCUCAUCGAGCGAUGAAGUGCAAUACAGAUUAGUCAUUACUCCUACAAAACCUAAACUCCUACAAAACCUAAUACAACCAUGUAUAUUGCACGGCUGGUGAUUACUGUUUCCCUUAUCACUGAAACUUAUAUAUCGAGAUAUGUUUACUUUAAAACUCUUAAUUCUAUCCUUAGACACAAUCAGAAGUUCAAAUAGACAGGUGGAAACUUAGUCUGUACAGUAUUUUCGUUUUCUGAUCCUUCAUUAUCUGAUGCUUCCUUAAAUUGACUGGUGUCUUACAGGUAGCUCAGAACAAUGAUUCCUUAAUUCAUCUCAAAAUGUUUUAAACAAAUUAACACAAGUCAUAAGCAUCCCUCUUCCAAAACUCUGAAAAUCUCCCACCAAACUUAUUGCAGAUCUACCAGCAGCUAUCUUGCUUCAUCCAAACUCUUUUUUAGUUUCUUUGUCUUCAUCCCUUCAUGUCUAAG